GGAUGCUGAUGCUGGAAUAAACAUGGCGGCCCGCGGCGGCGGCGCUCCGCUGUGGCGGGUCGCGGCCGUGCUGGGGCUGGCGCUGCUCUGGGCGGGCCGUGCUGCUGCCCGCGUCCAUCACCUCACCCUCAAAGAUGAUGUGAGGCAGAAAGUGCACCUGAAUACAUUUGGCUUCUUCAAGGAUGGUUUCAUGAAAGUCAAUGUCAGCAAUCUUUCACUGAAGCCACCUGCAGGCUCUGAUGACAAGAGUAGCUCAGCAGUAGGAUUCAGUUUGGAUCGAACAAGGAAUGAUGGAUUCUCUACUUACCUGGAUGAAGAAGUGGAUUACUGUAUUUUGAAAAAGAAACCAGAGCAAGAUGUUUCAGUUGUAAUCUUACUUCUGGACUUCAAAAAGGAAGUUGUGAAAGUACGGUUCUCUGCAGAAGCUGCUGCCCUGUUACCUAAAAUUUCAUUCGUGUCUGAGGAAAAUGUUACUGCCUUGAUUACCAAGGCUCCCAAAACUACCAAACAGAGCAGUGAUUCUAGCAAAACUUCUGUUGAGACGAAACAAAAUCCAACCAGUGAAGAUAAGAAGUCCAAACGAAGUACAACAUCCUCUCAGAGCAUAGUAGAACAAGCACAUCCUGUUCACAAUGAUAGAGGAACUUUUUCAUUUCAGUUUUUUUUCAACAUCAGUUCUGAUAACCAAGAAGGUCUCUACAGCCUGUAUUUCCAUAAAUGUGUUGGCAAUGAUGGGCAGACUAAUAAUCAACAGCUAUUUAGUCUUGAUAUAGAAAUUACGGAAAAGAAUCCUGAAAGCUACCUCUCAGCGGGUGAGAUCCCACUGCCAAAACUUUACAUUUCUAUGGCUCUCUUCUUUUUCUUGUCUGGGACUGUGUGGAUCCACAUACUUCGUAAACGCAGAAAUGAUGUGUUUAAGAUUCACUGGCUAAUGGCAGCCCUUCCUUUCACAAAAUCUCUGUCCUUAGUGUUCCAUGCGAUCGACUAUCACUACAUUUCCUCUCAGGGAUUUCCUAUUGAAGGCUGGGCUGUUGUGUAUUACAUCACUCACCUACUGAAGGGUGCUCUUCUGUUCAUUACUAUUGCCCUCAUUGGCACAGGCUGGGCUUUCAUUAAGCACAUCCUUUCAGAUAAAGACAAAAAAAUUUUCAUGAUUGUCAUCCCACUUCAGGUACUGGCAAAUGUGGCAUACAUUAUCAUAGAGUCAACAGAAGAGGGAACAACUGAAUAUGGACUGUGGAAAGAAAUUCUCUUCCUGGUAGAUUUGCUAUGUUGUGGAGCCAUUCUUUUUCCAGUGGUAUGGUCAAUAAGACACUUACAGGAGGCUUCAGCAACAGAUGGAAAAGCUGCCAUUAACCUAGCAAAGCUGAAGCUUUUCAGGCAUUACUAUGUUAUGAUUGUGUGUUACAUCUACUUCACGCGGAUCAUUGCAAUUCUCAUAAAGAUUGCUGUACCAUUCCAGUGGAAAUGGCUGUACCAGUUGCUAGAUGAAAUGGCUACACUUGUGUUCUUUGUCCUCACCGGGUACAAGUUCCGUCCAGCAUCAGACAACCCUUAUCUACAGCUCUCUCAAGAUGAUGAGGAUGAUUUGGAAAUGGAAGCUGUGGUGACAACUUCUGGAGUAAUGGAGGGCAUGAAGAAGGUCAAGAAAGUGGUGAAUGGUUCAGCAGAGCCAAGGGGAGAAUGGGAGAGCACGGCGUGAUGGACUGGACUGGACUAAGACAGCACUUUUGGAGAAACUUUUUUAAUUUAUUAAUAUUACUCUCAGUGGAAAGGGAGCAAAUGGCACCUCCCAACACUGAAACUGCAGAGUGGGGUAUGUCUAUGGGGAGCAAAGCAGUGCAAAAAAUCUAACUAUUCCUCUGAUCAUAAGAAAAUAGGAUCUCUUGGUACCUGCGAGGAGUGUGAAGCUUUCCUAGGGAUUUUGGGUAGCUUUUUUUUAUUAUUAUUAUUUUUAUUUUUUUUACCCCUUUCCCCCCCCCCUUCUGGGUCAGUUAGGUAUUCUAGAUUGUUUGCAAUUGCAUUCUUCAGAAUGUGUUAUACUAAUGUGAAGAGAGACCUUCAGUGUGUAUGUAAAGUAUAUAUUUUAUAUAAUGCAUAUAUAUAUAUACACACACACACAUGCUAUGUAACAUGUAUACUGGGAAUUACAAAAUGUCACAGAAGACAGGAAAAAAAGAGGUGCAAGUAUUUCUUUGCUUUAUGAACUUUCCUUUUGGCUUGGACAAAACAUUGAAAAACAAAUAGGAAACAAUUGCAGAGAGACUAAAUGGGGUAUUGGAUCAGAUGACUUUUGCCGCUCCUCGUAUCAGUAGGAGAAUUGGUAAGUGUCUUGUCUAAUCUGUGCAGGCAUCCACUUGAAUGCAUCAGGUUUUCAAAUGUGUUGCUAUACAGGAAGCAAGCAGCUGUACUCUAUCAAAAGCACUAGCCCAUAGUACAAUAAGUGUUGGUGUAAAUUCUCCACUGUUAAUGGAGUUGCUCUUGAUUCACACCCACCUGACAAGAAAUACACAAGGGAUGUAAGAUUGCUUGCUUUUUAGGAGUCUGCCAUGCUAUCUUAAACAUUGAAUUUCAAGCUGUGACUUGGAGCACUUUCAUCUGCAUUAUGAAAUAUUUUUGAGAUUUCGAAAGCACACUCCUUUCUGGCACCAUAUAAACAGUGCCUGAAUCUCCACCAGAAUUCUGUCUGGCAAACCAACUACAGGGUAAAUCUUUGGUUCACCUUCAUCUCUGCCUCUCUGGAUGGCUACUUGUACCUCUCUGGCUAUGUAAGGUUAGUGAUAAUGCUGUCUGAGAUGAGCUGAAUUGGUCAAAAUGGAAUUGUCAAAACCAGGAGACUGCAGCUCCCAGUUAUAAAUGGUUUUGUCAGGAAAGGAGAGGGUUGUGACCAGAGCACACUCAAUAUCUGGCAAUAUGGAAGUCUUAAUGAUUAGCUGCAAAUUCACAGUGGAGUUUUCAGAGACAUGUUACAAAUACCAUGUAUGCUUUACCUCUAGUGCUCUGGUAUUGCUGGAAAGGCAAACCAGUGCCUCUAGCUAUAGCAGUUAGGCAUACCAAGUGAUUACUUUUUGGGAGGCUGGAGUUGUUCACUGAUGUAACAGGGGAUAAGCUUUAAGAAAAAGAAAAAUCAAGUAUGACUCAUUGACCCACUGAAGCCUUAAUCUUCAUGUAGAAACUUAGACAUAUAUGGUGCUGUCAAGCAGAGUGCUUCUGUCAGUGUGACAGGGAUAGACAGCAUUAAAUAGCUUCCAGAUGUGCCAUCAUCUCUUACUAGCUCAUUAGGAAUUGUUCUUUUUGUCUGAAGGGUCUAGAUCUCAGAGUAACUGAUGAGAGCAUUUUUCAUUGCUUUAAGUUUAGAAGAGGAUAUGUCUGUGGAAUGCUGAACCACUUCUUUCUCAGUCUUGAGCAGGGAUUCUAAAGCUCUUAAAUGAGCAGUCUGCACUUGUUCAGGACUUGCUGUUUUAAGAGCAAUGUUGCUUCUUCCUGUUGCCACUUCUCUUCCCUAGUGUUGAUUCUACUGAUCAUGGAAAUGGUAGAAGUGAAACUAUUUGCUUUGAUACCUGGAAUUGGCUUCUUUUCAAGGGAAAAACAUGAGAAUAGCCCUCUUUUCUCAAUACAAAAUCCUCUGUUUUCCUUUUCAGCUGUAACAGCAUAAUAAUCGUAGUAGUGAUGGUUUAACUUCUGGUGUCCUUGUCUUGCAAAGACACAGCUUUAGUGGGAAUAGAGUGCCUAUGCUACUAGAAAGGCUGUUAUGUGAUCUAUGAGACUUCUAGAUCUUCUGUAUGAAGAAUUCUUCUGCAUAUUAAGUAGCUGAGAUGUGAGGAGCUGGAGUGUAAACAAACAUGUAGGCAGUCCCAGCUCAUCCUACACUUAAUACCUGAAAAACUGAUCCUCACAUUCUUUCCCCAUGGAAAAUAUCAUUAUUUGCAUCCAAAGGGCUACUCAUACAGGCUGUAAAUUCUGUUCAGAGUGGUCCACUGGAGACUUGAAGUCUGUUGGCAGUCAAGUAGGUAAGGCAUAAGGAUUUCCUGUCAGGAGCAGAAGUGCAAUAACGCAUCCUUAAUCCAGACAAGAUGGUGUCAUAGAAACUGCUAAUACAUUUUAUGAAUGAGGUGUGAAAUUCUAAUGGGUGCAACUCUUCACCCACAGAGCAUCAGUGGCUGUGCUGGGAUCCCAGUAUGUGCCACUGAGCUGGUUCCAAACAGCUGGCUAUUCCAUACCUCAGCAUCAGUGGAGCUGCUGAGGUGGCCAGUGCUUUUUACCUUAGUCUCAGGUUUCUUUUUUAUAUGUGUUUUUUUUGCUAAAAUUGUGUACAGUGUAGGUUUACCUACUGAAUCUCUGACUCCCUAGUCAAAGGCCAAGAAAUGAGUGUUUUCUGUUACCUUGUCACAAAAAGCCAUGAUAGGACUUUUAAAAGCGUUUUUAGAGGAAGGUGUUUCCAUGUUCAGACCUGAGGUUAAAUGGUCAACUAUACAACCAACUUCAGCUGACAUUUGAUGUUGGAUGCUAACCAGCAGUGCAGCAGUAACUAGCUGGGCCUAAGCAUUAGUAAGGGAAAGAAAAUAUGGGUUUUAGGGUGAAAAAAAAGUGCUAGAAGGUUCUUACUGCAGCCAUUUCAAAAGAAAUUCCCCUUGUUGUAUAGCAGUCCUAGGUGCAUUUUUUUUUAACGUAGUUUUUAGGGUUGGGUAGUGGCUGGGACGUUGGAGGGUGGAGAGGAUGGCUGCAGUUGCUCUCUUCACAGUGGAGCACAUGCUGCCCCGGGACGCACCGAAGGGAGGGCUGCUUUCUCCCUCGUCGUGUCUGCAUGACUAGCGAGCGCAUGGCUAUUUCUAUUGCUAGUGAACAGCAGCAACUUAGGAGCUCUCUGGCAGGAUAAUUGUGGUGCUUCCUUUCAAAUGCUGACUGCUGUAUGUCUCGUAGGAAGCUUUACCCUUUCAUGGAGAGGGAAGGUAGAAGAGCUGCUUGUGGCUGUACAGAUCGCUCUGGGAUACAGGCUGUCAAGCUUUCCUAUCUUUGCCUUUUACUGAGAUGAAUGACCAAAACAAUCACUGCAAGUACACAGCAGUAAAACUGACAGGAGUCCUGGGAAGGCAGGUUUGGUGCAAUUCAGAAUAAAUGGUUAUGAAUGCCAGUUACAUGUGUUGCUGCUAUGGAGUAUUCGGCACCCUCUGCAGACUAAAAUGACAUCAGUUCACUCUUCAGUUGCAGUGCAGCUUAUGCCCCAAUAAAUCCCUACUGAUGAAAUGCAAAUGCCACUGAUACGCUCCUCCUUACUGCUGUAACUGUUCAGCAAGCUGUCUUCCACAGGAAACCUCCUUGCAGUGCAAAUGCCAGGCUCUUGCAUUCUUCAGGCUUGAAAAUGUUUUUCUUGAUGGUUUAUCAGGAGACAUUAAAAGAAAACAAGACAUAAUGGGGUCAUCCAGAACAUUGCUGCUGCUGCUUCCUCAGAAUGCAGCAGAUCUAGCUGAAGAUGACACAUACUGUCCUAUUAAGCUACUCUUUCAUGUUGCCAUCUAGCGCAGCGUGUCAUGAUCUGUGCAGUGCAUUGUUCAGUGUUUCUCUCCAGCUGAGUGCCCUGUUCCUGGAUUUCCAUUCUGGCAUACCCUGGGAGCAUGUUGUAAAAAUUUGCUGCAUUGCAGUAUUUUGUCUUGGAGCUAGUAGCAUGGAAGAUGUAUUUUUCUAAGCUAGGUGGACUCUGUAAAGUAAGCAUGCAUCUACCAAGUAUCCUUAAGCACUGUAACAUUCCUUCUGACCAUGAAAAGGCACAUCUUGACCAACUCCUGUGUGCACACUUAGAGGCCAAUGGCAGAUUAUUAAUAUAUUAACUCUUCUCUUUCCUUCUGGUAUGCCUCUCAUAGGGAAGAGGAAUGCAGUCUGGCCAAGGACUUACAGUUGGACAAGUCUUUUGUUGUCCAUUUUAGAAUUUAUUGGUUGCAUUUGAAGCAAAUACUGGGUAUUUGUGAGCUCUGUUGAGCUCAAUGAGAGCUGAAGUUGCAUAGCUCUUAAAGAAAAAAAAAAUGCAGAUAUUGAAGGAAGGAAACCCUUACUCCUUAAGUCUACAUGGUUUGUCUCCUUCAGCUUGACCUGUAACAAUAGCUAACAGACUGCAGUUAAAUUAAAGCAAAUGUGUUUUGUUGGUUCAGCAUUGUGACUUCCAUGUCAAUCAUAAAAUGUUUCUCCAUUUUUUUCACCUUUAUUAAAAGAGCAUGGUGAUGUGGUCUACAGUAGCUGGAAGGUGCAGGAACAUUUGAGACUUUAUAGGAGCUACAUUCUAAAAUCUGUAACCUCAUGUGUAACUUCAGUAACCUGAAUGUUUCAUGAAAACUGAGGUGGCGUUCCCCAGAGGUGCUUGACCACUGUUUCAUUGUGUUCCCUGGGGCUGAUAGUAUUUUCCAGCAAUCUAAAACGGAUUAAUCUGGCUUUUCUUGUAGCCACUGGCUAUGAUGCUGUUUUGACUUAUUUAUCACUUUUACCCAGCAAUAUUGAAAGCUGUGCACUUUCUCCCUUGUAGUUUCUUGCCUGGAUAUAACAAUAGUCUUGUAAGAGCUCCACAUGGUACAUGCUUAAGGUGGCUGAAACAGGAUUUAAGAAAAAUGCUAUUGAGAUACCUUCGCUUUACAUGUAGAGUGAAGGUACCAGAAGAAAAGUGGCUGGGAAAAUAGUCACUCCUUAUAUGUUGACUGGCUCAAGAAUCCAUUUAUGUUUGGACUGCAGCAAUCCUGUAGGAAGGACAAUUCCUAAUAAAUAUUUCCCUGUGGGAUUUCACUCUGUGUUCUGCUCUCUGUGUAAUGAAGUAGAGCCUGACCUCCACGGUAUCGGAGGCACUUCUUCCGGUAGCUAGGAUACUAGAGCAUUGGGGUGGUACCUGUUCUGUUAAAACAGAGGAUGGGUUUGAAUGGCUUUCCUUUCCCCUCAAUACCUAUUAAUAAUUAAUUCUAGAUCUUUUUGUGUCAUUAAGCUGCUUUAGGGCACCUUGUACAAUGUAGCUUUGGAUUCAUUUAGUAAAUGACCUCCAAAAGAACUCGAAGAGACUUUUCUGUACAUAGAGAUCUGCUCAAGGGUUUUUGGUGGCCUGUAAAUAUCCUAUUCUUUAGUUCACGUUCAGAUGCGCAAAUGGAUUUUUUCAGUAUUUUUUUAACUUUAUUAAAUGAACAGCAAACAGUAUUUGAAGAGAAGCAAAAUAGAUGCAAAUCAGGAUGGUCUGUGUAGCUUGGUUUCCCUGCUGUGAUGCAAAUAUGUAAAAUAAAAAUUGACUAGAAAAAAAUAA